UGGUCGAAGUCGGACGUUCUUUCCCAACAUGGAGAACGAUGGUGAUAAGCGUCCACUCAGCGAGCCGGAUUUGAGAAAACAUGAUUUGGCGAAAUCGAAGAACGUGAGUAGUCGCGAUUCUUCGCGAGAUGUCGUUGCUAAGCAAAGAGAGCGUCCACUUGAUCUAACUGUGAAAGGCCAGAAGUUGGUCACAGCACGAGGGCAGUACUCCAGAUACCGCAAGGUGUGGGGUAAACAUUUGCAAGAAGUAGAGAGCCCACUUCAGGAAAUGCGUCGUUUAAUGGGCACCCUGGAAAUGAAGCAACCUGUGCCAGCAUCAAGUACCAGUCAGGAUACUGCACAGGCCAACAGUAAGAUAAAACAGACUCAGGAACAAAGUGCAGACUCAAAUUGAAGAC